GUACCAACGCCACGACCGGCCCGGUCUCUCUCUCUCAAUCUUCUUCCAUCUUCCCUCUUCACCGCGCCCUUUGCUCUCUUUCGAGCUCUUUCAUUCGAGUCGACACCUUUUUGUCCUCGUCGCGGCCCUUCUCUCUCGGAACGAACGAUCAAGGAACGAGAUCCUCUUCCUCUCCCCCCCGCCUGCUCUGGAGCACAUAUCUCACGAACGCCCCGUCCUCGCGUCUGCGUCGACUCUCCUGCGGUUCCCCGUCCGCCUGCUUGGUCGUGUAGGACAGGUGUACAACAUCUUGGUUUUCUCGGAGGACCUUGUAUUUUAACCUUCCCUUCCGACGUCCACCAGUCCAGACAGACGUCAGAUGUCCUCCUUGUGAAGGGCCUGACUGCAGGAAGAAUCCGCUCACGGACACGUAGCCAUCAUGCUAUCAUCUAUUGAACGAGCUACGAGGUGCAUGGGCAUCCUCGCCCUCGCUCUCUUGCCAAUGGCGAAAAUUGCCCAAGCCGUACCCGAGGCCGACUUCCUCCUGCCUCGACAAUUACAGCAAACACUUUGCUCCAGCCAAAACACGGCCUCUAUGAGUGCAAAUCUUAGUACCUGGCAGACGAACGGACUUUGCCAAGACUUCUGCCGAGAUAAGAACUAUGCUUUUGCCAUCGUGCAGUGGCAGUCGUGCUGGUGUUCGGAUGUUGCGCCGGCCCCGUCAACGGAAGCGGAAAUCAGUGACAAGUGCAACGACAUUUGCCCUGGCUACGACGUUGAGCGCUGCGGCUCAAGACCGAACUACUUUGGCUAUCUGACCCUUGCUAAGACGCCCGUCAGCACCGCAGGCAGCGGAGGCGGCAGUGGAGGCGCUACAACGUCGUCCAAAGUACCAUCCUCAACAGCAAAACCAGCAUCGUCCGAGUCUGAAACGGCGACAACAUCUUCCACAACAUCUACAUCGAGCAAGCCUAGAACGACUGUCCAGACAGUUACAGCCGACGGAACCGUACGUACCGUCACCGUCACGCCAACUGCCACAGGAAACGACGUUGCAACAGGCGCCUCAGAAUUGGCCCCUUCGGAUCAAUCGACGUCGAACGGACCGAGCACCGGCGCUGUCGUUGGAAUUGUCGUGGGUGUUAUUGGUGCUGUCGUGGCCCUGGCCGGGAUAGGACUCUUCCUGUUUUUCAGACGACGGAAGCAACGCCAGAACGAGAACGACAAGUACGACGUGCCCAGCCAUCGGGGCAGCUCGGCCGGCAUGUCGGGAUCGCCACGCAAUCCCGAGAUGGUUGUGACCGUCGACGGAGGACGUUGGGACCCCGACACAACCACCGAGCAACGAAGAAGCCGACUGCUGGCGCAUGAUCCUCGCCUGGACCCCCUCCCGAGAGGCUUGUACGUGCGCAACAAGAGCGCGGAGAGUAUCAACACCCUACGCGACGACCAAGAUUACUCCCGCAAGGUUCACCAACCGGUUUUGCGAGCGACCAACCCUGAUCCCGAAUGAACGGUGAAAGUGGCAUUGGGCGGACCAAGAUGACGAGACAUAUCAUCGUUAACGACGUACACGAAACCGGUCCCGGUACAAAUUUUCGUCUUUGUAUUGCGCUUUUGAGAUACCAGGUCGGCGUUUCAAUUUCCACUUCACAAGACACUGCAUGCGGAGGGCAUUGGAUGAGUGGGAGGUCCUUGCGACAACAUCGGGCAUGGAGAGUUUCCUUUGGAGAAGACGGGGCGGCAUCAGCAUCAAUACACACCAUGAGCAACAGGCCUCAGAUCACGAACACGAACAAAUCACACGAGCAACAUAAGGGCGCCGGCCAAGAGGCGGCCAUAAUUUCGAUUCCGCAUAUCUCCUAUUCAGUUCGCAGGUCGGGUAACGGCGACAGCGCAAGCCAAUCGCGUGGACAGACGUGGACACAGCAUUACGAAGCCGAGCCGAGUGAGCAUCGACGAAAUGGCUCUGCACUCCGGGCUGAGGCCCGAUGACGAGCCCAAGGGUAUGAUGUUGAACGGCAACUGUACAUACACACAUACCGAGGUCUUGUGGAGCAGCAGAGGAUCGGCUUGGACGACCAGACUUGGCAGGAUCGUUGAGAUUGGGGGGGGGUGUUACAACCGGUAACAAUCUAACAAGACUUGCCGUCCACAGAACACUAUGCGUGGGUGACGAUGCUUCCAUGACACGUCUUGGGGUUAAGCAAAGGACGUCGGAGGUAGGACGGAACUGAUCGAGCUGAGUCGAACGAUUGGCACUGGCUGGACAACAAGCUGUGAAGCCAACCACACAGUGCUUGGACAGUGCUUGGGGCAGUUCAACGUUGGACUUUGAACGAUGACUGCUGGCUGGCGAGAAAAAGAAGAAGGGUUUCUUAGCUACGUAGUUGCGAGAAUCAUAAUGACAAACAAACGCGUACAGGCGUUUCAU